UCCCGCAAAACAUGCCAUUCCUAACCGCUCCACCUUCUCAGAUCUUUUUAAACCCCAAAAAAAUUGGACAGCAGAGAUUGAACAAAGUGAAUUCUCAAUUGAAAUGUAUCCCUUUAUCUCAUUUUUCUAAGUAUAGAGAGAAUGGGAGGAGAAGAUUUGGAUUUCAAAUCACAACUUGUGAUACAGAUCUGUUCUUUCUCUUCAAGCUCCAGUUCCUGCAAGCAUCGUCGCUUCCAGAACCCUAUCAAAUCGCCAUUAAUUGAUUGGUACCUUCUUCUUCGUGUUGAAGAAGACGCAGAAAUAGAAAUUAUUCGGAAACAAUACCUGAAACUUGCUUUGCAACUUCACCCAGAUAAGAACAAGCAUCCCAAGGCUGAAAUUGCAUUUAAGCUCGUCUCCCAGGCAUAUGCUUGUCUCUCUGAUGGAACGAAAAGAAGAGCAUUUGAUUCGGAGAGGAGGAAAAGCUUCUGCUCUCAUUGCAGCAAACGCUCAUCCUCCAAAUUCCAAGGCAAUUCAGAAGAUAAACUUCAGGGUUCAGAUACUAGAUACUGGAUCAGAUCAAACAAGGUUUUGCAGAGUUUUCGAGAAGUUCGAGAUAGAUUCAACAAGGAAGCAAAGGUGGUAGAGAGUUGUUUGAAGGCCAAUCGUGCAUCUGGAAAUGAAUUUCCAGUUUUUGAUCCGAGUAACUACUCGUUGCAGGAUUACCCCCAUUGUAGAACUCAGAUCUACAACAAACCGAAAGACUUCUGGUUAUUGAGAUCGGUAAAUAUUGAUAUUGCAGGAUUUGAUUACAGACGUGGAAGGUGUAGUUCCCCAGUCUUUGAAAUUGGAUCAGAAAAGAGAUCAUUUCAAUGCAGAUCAGCAUCAUCAUCUUCAAACAGAUAUUGUGAAACUUUCUGUAAAUAAUUCCUACACAUUCAUUUCUAUUGAAUUUGAAUGAGAAAGCUCUAUAAAAGUCUAAACAACAUCAAAUCCAACCCCCUAGAUCCCCUUUUCUGAUGGUGACUUCUACACCCAUGUUUCCAAAGAAUAUUUGUAGAAUGAAUAGGGUUGCUGCCGUUUAGUACAGUGCCGUAUAAUCUUGAUACCA